AUGGCUACUGCUAUUCUGUUACAAGCUCAACAAGAACGUUAUCGAAAUUUACAACCAGUUACAGGUGAUCUUUCUCAAGAUGCUGAUGAAUAUAUAGAACAAAUUGGAAGCAUUGGUUCAUUGACUAAAGAACCUGAUGAAGUAUUACAUAUUUUACUGAAAGUAAAACUGAGUGGACGAGCUGAAUGGUGGUAUGACAAUAAUAAAGAUUCCUUAGGUACUUGGUCACAAUUAUGUAUUGGAUUUCGAGAACGAUUUCAACAACCGCCAUUUUCAUCACCACAUCUUCAUGAUCGACAUCAAUUAGCAUUUACAGAACAAUUACAAGGAAUCAAACAAGAACAGAAUACAUUGCCUGUUCCUAUAUCCACUUCAUUCAAUAUCACUUCAACUUCAAUAACAUCAGAAAAACAACAAGAUGCUGAAAAUAAUCAAUUAGAAUUAUUUAAUGAUCAUCAAAUCGAAUUUUUUGAAGAUUUAGAAAAUAAAUGUAUACAUGAACAUGAACAAGGUCGAUAUUCACCUAUAUUAGUUAAUAUAAAUGAUCCGGAUUUGAACAUUCAACGCCGAUGUACAGAUGAAACAGAGGAUUGGAAUAAAUUAAAACAACAAGAUAACCCCGUUAUUAAAUCGGAUUCUGUUAAAACUUAUGUUGAAAAUAUUUUUGAACCUUUUGUUGAAAGUAUAUGUAGUUUAACAGCUGAUCAUUCAUUAAUCAACCCUGUUGCACCACAGGAUAUUCAAUAUUUAUGGUCUGAUAAACAUCGACCACGUAAACUUCGAGGUUUUAAGAAAGUUCACACUGGUUAUGAUUGGAAUCAAUCCAAUAAAAAUCAUUAUGAUGCAAAUAAUCCUCCACCGAAAACUGUUCCAGGUUAUAAAUUCAAUAUUUUCUAUCUUGAUUUAAUUGGUAAAACCAAAACACCAUCGUAUUGUCUUACUGUUUGCGAAAAUAAUCGAGAUUUUUCAAUUCUAAACUUCCAUGCUGGAUCACCAUACAAUGAUAUUGCAUUUGUUCGUCAUUGUGAUUAUCGAUUUGAUGAUAAUAAUGAUUCGUCCUAA